CGUGGCGGCCAUGUUGUUUCCGCGGGGGUUUGGGGGGGGAACUUCUUGUAGGAAGGGAGAGUGCGGACGCUACCGACGCUUUUAUGUGUUAAACUCGCCGUUUUAACGCUUCGUAGCUUUUAACCGCUUCGCCAUGAGCCGUCCGUCCUCAGCGGGUGGUGCGGCUGGGGGACUCGGAGCUGGCAAAGCGGGAGGAAACAAGCACGGAGGCGCGGGAGGUGGUGGUAGUGGCGCCGGAGGAGGAGGCGGAGGAGCAGCGGCAGCCGCAGCAGCUGCAGCCGCCGCCGCCGCCGCAGCAGCGGCAGCAGCAGCAGCCGGGGUGUCGAGCUCAGUGGCCGGCUCGGUCCCCGCGGUGGCUGCCGUGGCCUUGCCACACUCCGCCCUAGCCGGCCAGUCUGCGGAGCUCACAGCGCUGUUUGAGUGUCCCGUGUGCUUCGACUACGUGCUGCCGCCGAUCCUGCAGUGCCAGGCCGGACACCUGGUAUGUAACCAGUGCCGACAGAAGCUGAGCUGCUGCCCGACAUGCCGCGGGCCGCUUACCCCGAGCAUCAGGAACCUGGCCAUGGAGAAAGUCGCGUCCACGCUGCCGUUUCCUUGUAAGUAUGCCUCGGCGGGUUGCCUGCUGUCGCUGCACCACAGCGAGAAGCCGGAGCACGAGGAGGUUUGCGAGUUCCGCCCGUACACCUGCCCCUGCCCGGGCGCUUCUUGCAAAUGGCAGGGCUCCCUGGAAGCGGUCAUGCCUCACCUCAUGCACGCCCACAAAUCCAUCACCACGCUGCAAGGCGAGGACAUCGUCUUCCUGGCAACAGACAUCAACCUGCCCGGUGCAGUGGACUGGGUCAUGAUGCAGUCCUGCUUCGGCCACCAUUUCAUGCUGGUGCUGGAGAAGCAGGAGAAGUACGAAGGCCACCAGCAGUUCUUCGCGAUCGUGCUCCUCAUCGGAACACGCAAACAGGCCGAGAACUUUGCCUACCGUCUCGAACUGAACGGCAACCGCAGGCGGCUCACGUGGGAAGCCACGCCGCGCUCCAUCCACGACGGCGUAGCCGCGGCGAUCAUGAACAGCGACUGCCUCGUCUUCGACACCUCCAUCGCCCACCUGUUCGCCGACAACGGCAACCUGGGCAUCAACGUGACCAUUUCCAUGUGCUGACGUGACGGUACAAACUCCCAGGGAUUGACUGUUGUACCUUGACAGGGUGGGGUGGGGGGGGGGGUCGAUUGGGAAGGAUGACCGGUUGGGAGAUGUGUACGUGUGGCUUUUCAAGAAUUAUUCCUCGCAAGUUGGCGCACAAACAGCUUCGGUCUGUUAAAGUAUGGCACGUGGGCCUGUCUACAACGGGAUGUCUGCAGCCAAGACUCCAAACGCUUACAGUCCAGCGGCUGGAGGCGGGCCUGACGAUGGGCCUAUCUGCCCCCCACCCCCCCCCUUUUUUUUUGUUGUUGUUGUUGUUUGUUUUUUUACAUUUUUUUGCGAAAAAAUCAUAGCACGGCUGCUUCACACAACAUACGUGUGACAUGAAAAUUUUUGCACUGACUUCCCAAAUCGAAUCAUGACUGUGUAGAUGCUAAGAGUGUGCAGCUCCCACUAACAAUAUGGUGUACAUGGUGGAAAUAAAGUCAAACUUGCAGCUUGA